AUCUUCAUUCAGUCUCGCGCAGAAGCUGUGGACACAUAACGGGUUACGACGCUAGAAUUAUAUUUCAGUCUUACCGAUAAAAAGCUGCUAUGCUCUCGUGAAAAGUUGUGAACUCGGCAAACAUAUGACGCUUGCUUAGUUAUUCAUCUUCAAGUGGUUUAUGAAAGACACGGCAACUAAAGGUGAAACACGAUAAAAAGGGAAGAACUGACAUUACCAACACUUACGCUCGAGUUUUCUUUCAAUUUAACUGUCGCUUAAUCCCUAUAUUACUAUUUAACUACUUGAAAAUCAAAAUAUUAUUCAUUUACAACGCACGAUUGCAGUCGUGUGUCGUGCGUGACUCAGAGAAAGUUUUCAGUGAUACGCACGAUGUCCCUGGCUGCGCGCCUCCUGCCCAUCACCCGCCGAGGGCAGUUCUUUGAAGACGAUUUCUUCAGGGAUUUCCAGCAGGACUAUUCCAGUGCAGUACACGACGUGCUCGACAAAUAUGGCGGACGGUCGCUGCUCGCUAAUCAGUUCAGCAACUACAGGAAAGCCAGACAAGAGGGGCCACAGACUGACGACUCUCUUGCCGCCUCCAUUUCAGACACCCACGAGGCCUAUGUCAUCGUGCUUGACAUGUCGGACUUCGUGUCGGGUGAGAUCACCGUGCGGACCAAAGGCUUGAAUGCUGUGGUCGACGCAAAGGUCGGCGCCACCAAGCAGUUCCACAGAGUCUACCCGCUACCUCCCAACACCAACACAGACGCGGUCGUGGUAGCCAUGUCCGACGAAGGCAUACUCACCAUCAACGCUAAGAAGAGCGACCGCCAAACUAAGAAACUGGAAGCUUCUUCAUCGGUCGACAGUUCAUCCAGGCCUGGGAACGGUAACUCGAAUUUCGAAUCGAGCCUAAAGAUUGACGUCGGCGGGGACGAUCAACUUAGCACUGCCAAGGCCGCUGAAGGGUCUGAGAGCGCAGGAGUUUCUGAUAACUCAUCUGCUGCGACAAAAUUUACCAAACAGGAGUCUAGUGAAACGGGAGAAUACAGAGAACUUCCAAUAUCGAGAAGAGGUCAGUUCUUUAAAGACGUAUUCUUUGAGAAUGUUUGGAAAGAUUUCGACACGGCCAUGGAAGAUAUGGUGUCCAGACAGAAACAGAGAAGGGAACAGAGGCAGCAAGCAAGGAUAAAGAGAGACGAGGCGAUGGCGGAUGUGAUUCAGAACAUAUUGAAGGAAGAAGAAGAACAAAGAAGGAGGUACCAGGCAGAAAGACUGGAGAGACAGAGGAAAGCCAGCCAAGAGAUGCAGGCUCAGCUAAGACUCUUCACGGCCCCCAUGUCGGACCGCUUCAGGUCGUACAGAACCCUCAGAAGCUGGAACUCGGGGGAAGACAGUCAAGCGUCCACAGUCUCCGUCGAUGGUGGAAAUUAUAAGGUGGUUCUGGACGUGAAGGAUUUCGCGGACGGUUCCCUGGACCUGAAGUGUGCGGGCGACACGCUCACGGUGACGGGUAGCAAGGCUGGCAUCAGCUUCAAGAGGGAGUUCGAGUUGCCGGCCCUCGGGGAUCCCGAGAAAGUGACGGCGUCAUUAUCAGCUGACGGAGUGCUCACUAUCACGGCUCCAAAGAAAUGAUUUUAUUUGUCUAUCAUCUUCCCGUGACAGAUGAUCUUAAACCGUCAAUAUAAAGUUCCAAAAUAGACGUGCCACAAUUUCCACAUAGACUUCUAACAUAGACUUUCCGUUCGUUCCAUAUGGAAUUAUAACAUAGAUGGUCCAUAUGUUAGAAAUGCUGCGUAUAUAAUGCUGUACUAGAUGCCUAUGGUACGCAACGGAAGAGUAACGUGAUAAUUAGAAAAGAAUUACACAGCCUUAAAUUCA